AUGGCUCCUCGACGAUCGACUUCAGGCAAGAAGGCCAAGCGGGCGGCCGCAAGAAAGCCCCCGGCACCCCCUGCACACGCAUACCAAAGCCUAGAAUACUCGCAACACAUCAAGCCGCUGGACAGUUCCGAGGUCAGCCUCGACCUCGAGGCCAUAAAGUUGGGGCAUAUGCCAGUGAGCACACGCGGACGGAUAGAAAAGCUUGCCAACGACAGGUUGGCUGCAACGAGGGAGAAUAUCGCGCAUCGCAGACGCGGGGCAUCAAAGGCGCUCCAGCAGGAGAGAAGUGGUUGGAGGGUUGUGGACAAGGACACGCGGCCAGAGGCACGCGGGUCAACUCCGGAGGCCAUCGCCGGACUCAAGCAAAGUGUACUAGUCCCGACGUCCUUUCCAGAGUCAAACAUAAGGCCAGCGGUCGACGCAGAACCAACGACAUCGGACAGGGCGAGCCAGUCUGGCCAGAAGCAGGUCGAGGGUGCUUUCCCGGAACGCACCGAGGCAGUCCGUGAGGGUGAGACCUCCGCACUCUUGCAGGCGGUUGAGUUCGAGGGAAGCCCCGUCAGAAAAUGCCCCGUUCUCGAGGCUCUUGACAUCGGAGAGGAGCAGGCGCUGCAAAGGCUUCCCUAUCCUCUCAAUAACAAGGAGUUCUUGCAACUCUAUGUUGCGCCGUUAUUUGAGCUGGAGAUGCGCUGUGGUGAACGAUACCUGGCACAAGAGCCUACCUUGGAGCAACGCAAAGCAAGGCUCCUUGACCGACUCGAACGCUGUGAGGAGAUUGCUGCCAGGGUGGUCGCCAUCGUUGACGCCGUAGAUAGGCAAUGGGAGGGGUCGCAUCCUGUUGAGGAGGCAGACAGUAGGGGUUUCUUCCGAUGCAGAAAGGCAUAUCGACAGCUGGAGGAAGCUGUUGAGACCGAGGCGCCCAGGCAUAGCAAUUGCCCCUACUGGACAUAUACCAGCAGACUGGCGCUGAUGCGGGCCGAGAAGCGGGUCGAGGAGCAGAUGUGGAAGACGCCGAUGUUGGUGGAAGACAUUCCACGGCCAGCCAACGGCUAA